AUGAGUGUCUAUGAGUACACUCUGAAGUUCAACCAACUAGCCCGUUACACACCAGAGAUGGCUGGUAAUAUGAGAGCCCGAAUGAGGAAAUUUGCAUCCGACCUUUUAGAUGACUUAGUGCUUGAAUGUCAGGGAGUAAUGUUGAACAGGGAUAUGGACUUUGCCAGACUGUCAGUCCACAUACAGCAGGUAAAGGAGAAGAAAAAGAAGAUUGCUCAAUCUAGGGAGAAGGACAGAUGGAAGAAGAAGAAGAAUUGGGGUAAUGCUCAGUAUGCAGUCAGCGCCCCAGCGCCCAGACCUCCAGUAGAUGGACGACCUCAUAGUUUCCAAACUAAUCAUGGAUCUAGGGCACAGGAUACCCAGUCACAGGGCAGUGUGGCUCAGCAUCAUAGAAUGUUUUCACGGUGUAAGACUUGCGGUAAGCAUCAUCUAGGGAGGUGUCAGCUGGGUUCACUGGUUUACUAUUCAAGUGGUCAGUCGGGUCACUUCCAACGAGAUUGUCCUUCUGCUAGAAGGAAUAUUGGGGGUGAAAAGUCUCAGGCAAACUCUUCCACACCACCAUUGCCUCAGAAGGGUGCCACUUCAGCUGCCGGGAGUAGUCGCAACCGGCUAUAUGCUUUGUCCAACCUCCAAGAGGUGGAAGCCUUACCAGAUGUAGUUCUGAAUGGUGUAGUGUGCUCUUGGUCCCCAACUAUGACUUGUUUCGACAACCGUGAAAUUCCAUACAGUUGCCUUGAGAUCCUGGAGAGCAAGCCAAAUUCGCAUGCCAAAGCCCUCACUUUUAAAGUUCAUCCUCCGGUGAUUGACACGUUCCUGCUGGAAACUUCCCCCCAUCUCAUAGAAUGGUCAACGGCAGAAACUAAGGACGUCAUGGACAACUUUUCAGUAAAAAUUGUGACAGAAAAAGUUUUCCUUUUGAAGACUUCUACCAAUCAAAAUAUUGUUGUUGCGAGCUCUCCUAGCUGCAAUGGGAGCCUUAGCAGUUGGCGUGUUCCUCCCUCUGUAUUUGGUGAGGAUCGAUAUACAUAUGGCUAUUAG